AAUGGACCUGGAGUAGAAUUUGCAAACACAAAUACACCCGGAGACGCAUUUUUUUUUCUUUCCUGUGUGUGUGUGACUAUGACAGAUAUUGCGGCCCAGGAAGAUAAGGACCCAGACAUCGAGCUAUUUGUCAAGGCUGGCAGUGAUGGGGAGAGCAUUGGAAACUGUCCAUUCUCGCAGCGUCUCUUCAUGGUUCUUUGGCUGAAAGGCGUGGUCUUCAACGUCACCACCGUUGACCUGAAGAGGAAACCAGCUGACCUUCACAACCUGGCCCCGGGGACACACCCACCCUUUCUCACCUUCCAGGGGGAGGUGCUUACUGACGUCAAUAAAAUCGAGGAAUACCUGGAGGAGGAGUUGGCUCCGCCCAAGUAUCCCAAACUUGCAGUGAAGAACCGUGAGUCCAACACGGCGGGAAACGACGUGUUUGCCAAGUUCUCGGCUUACAUCAAAAACACGAGUCCAAAUAAAAAUGGUGCACUCGAGCAAAGUCUCAACAAGGCUCUGGCCAAGCUAGACGAGUAUCUCCUGAACCCUCUACCGCUUGACGAUGGCGAAUCAACGCGCAAAUAUCUGGACGGUGACGAGCUAACGCUAGCUGACUGCAACCUUCUUCCCAAACUUCACGUUGUCAAGGUGGUGGCAAAGAAAUACCGCAAUUACGACAUCCCGUCCCAAUUCCGAGGCGUGUGGCGCUACCUUGGCAACGCCUACGGCCGAGAUGAGUUCACCAACACGUGUGCAGCUGAUGUGGAAAUCGAGCUGGCCUAUAAGGAUGUUGCAAAAGUUCUCGGGAAAUGAGUUGCAACAACCCUGUCCAUGUACAGCGGUACCAACAGUUACCAGUUUUUUGGGGUCUGUGGAAAAACUCGUAUUUUGCAAAACAAGGCAGCCCAUUUAAAUGAACCAAAAUCAAUUUUAACGGGUAACUUUUAAACAGGAACAAACUAACUUUUAGAUAAGAAAUACUGUAUGAAAAACAAUGCAACAGAAUGUAUUACAAAAAUCCUACAGUAGUUUAAUGAAGUAAUGUAAUACUAACGUACAGUAUUUACCUUGGUGAGUGGACUUCUACGGUUUCUCCCUCCAGCUGCUUCUCCGUCAACCAUACCAUCGGCAGCUUCUCCAUAUUUUCAUCGAUGAUUGAUUUUUAUGUCUUUGGCUGGUGAUAUCGACUUAUUCUGCUUCGACUUGCAGUGCUACGC